GAAAAAUCAAAAUACUUCCUGCAUGGUGGGGAAGGACCCCAAAAGGCCUGGGGACUUCACAUGACAGCCACAUGGCGGGCCCAGGGAUUUAGCUCAGUGGUUUCACUGCCUGCUGCUCAAGCGCAAGGACCUGAGUUCGAUCCCCACACCAAACAAACAAACAAACAAAAAAAGACAGUCACAUGGGCCUUUCCUGUCGCUGCUGGACUUGAGUGGAUGAUGCAUAACAGUAGUGUCACUGAGAGUCUGUGUCACCAAAGCCUUUGUGAAACUCUGGGCCUCCUUGGGCCCAGGAGCCAGGUCGCUCUGUCUUCCAGGUUUAUGUCUUUAUUUUGGUUUUUUGAGACAGGGCUUCACUAUGUAACCCAGCGUGGACUCCAAUUCAUGAGGAUCCUCCUUCCUCAGCCUCCUGAGUGCUGGGAUGACGGGCCUGUGCCACCUCGCCGGGUCAGAAGGGUUCUUCAGGUCACCCAGGCUCCCCUGUGAGGGACUCAGGAAUGCUGUCUCCGCCACAGGGGCCCUGGGGACAGAGGUGCUGGUGACAUCACAGUGGCAUCUGGAACCCUGGGGGCUUCCGGACUGAUUCCGCCGGCUGCAGCCCCAUGCCCAGGCUUCAGAGGCGCCAUGCGGGUGCUGGCAUCUGUGCGUCACCGCCCUUAAGCCCCUGACCCAGCCACCUCGGUCCCCACCACGGCCACAGGUGCCCUGGGAGGCCCCACAAUACCCAGAGGCCGCCAGUCAGGGGCCCCCAGGGAGACCUAGCCGCCGGCGGCAGAGGGCAGGGCGGCCAUGUGGCGGGCGUGGUUGGCCUGCGCGGCGCUCACCGCCGGGCUGGCGCUAUCCCUGCUGCUGUCCCCGUCGUGGGCCGUGGUGCGGGCCGUGCUGGACGGCAACGCCAGCUCGGUGGACUUCGCGGCCCUGCCGGCGCUGUUCGGGGUCCCCCUGUCCCCCAAGGGCAUGCGGGGCUACCUGACAGAGGCCAGGCCAGCCAACGCGUGCCAGCCCAUCCAGGGCCCGCGGGCCAGGGGCAAAGGCUCGCUGGGCGCCAUCGCGCUCAUCCAGCGCUACGACUGCACCUUCGAGCUGAAGGUGCUGCACGCGCAGCGCGCCGGCUUCGAGGCGGCCAUCGUGCACAACGUGCGCUCCGAAGAGCUGGUGCGCAUGGCGCCGGGCUUCGAGGACCUGUGGCGCCAGAUCGCCAUCCCCGCCGUGUUCGUGGGCGAGGCCGCCUCCCGAGACCUGCGCGUCCUGCUGCGCUGCGACCCGGCUGCCCACGUGCUGCUGCUGCCCGAGGCCGCGCUGCGCCAAGUCCCGCUCUGCCGCCCCGCGCUGGCCCCGGCCUGGACGCUGGGCCGUGGCCUGGCCUCGGUGGCCGUCGCCCUCCUGGUCCUGCCGCGCCUGGGGCCCUGGGCGCGCGCCUGGUGGGGCCGGGCGCCGUCGGUGAAGACGCAGACGCGGCAGAAGGCGGAGGUGAGGGUCUACGCCCGCCGCAGCGACCUGUGCGCCAUCUGCCUGGACGAGUACGAGGACGGGGAUCAGCUCAAGAUCCUGCCCUGCGCCCACGCCUACCACUGCGCCUGCCUCGACCCCUGGCUGGCCCAGGGCACCCGCCGCGGUUGUCCCCUGUGCAAGCGGCCGGUGGCCAGCUCCGAGGACGGCUCCGACUCGGCCACGGAGAGCCAGGCCGACGAGGGCCCGCGCGCCCCGAUCUGGGCCGUCCAGGAGGGGCUACGACCCCCGGCGCCCAGGCUGCUGGUCAGGACCUCCCUGCGUCGCUCCUACAGCUUCAUGUCCCCUCCGGGACCCGGGGACCCUCCUGGUGUCCAUGCCUGCCGGCGGGAGGGGACCCAGGGCACAGAGGGGCACUGAGGAAAGUUCCUAGAAUAAAGUGGGAUUCAGCGUGCAUUGUCGCCCUCCUGCACUGCCACUGUGC